AUGGUACUACAGUAUGAUGAGAGCGUUCGCAACCUGCUGUAUCGGAGAUCAUGCCAAUACACGCAGGGUGAGCGCUCUGGAGGCCACGUCGAGGAGGCCGCCGACCUCGUCGAGAAGGUGAAGAACUUCACCAAGCGUUAUCCGAAUAGUCGGACAGCUUAUGCUUGCAGAGCUGAGGGGGGAUGCACUCCCGACGCUAUCGCUGAAGCCAUCCGCUCGACAUGUCGGCAGGCGAGACGCGACCUGUUUGAAGACUCUCUGAGCGAAUGGAGCUCAGAGUCGAAAGCAUGGUUUAUUCAACAGAUGGAGGAGGCCAAGAAGCAGAAUGUCGAGACAUACAUCGGCACCAAAGGCACCGAGGGGACCUCCUUCAUCUCCAUGACUCUCCUAGGGAUUUCCUCGAUGUUUGUUCGACAAGAAGAAAAGUUGAAAACGAAGCUUAUGGAGCUAGGUCUCAUGGUAGACUCAGUCGAUGGAGUCGACAAGGCCAUCAUGUGGAAAGCACCUUACAGACCUGAGAUAGCACGAGCAGACGACAUCUCAGUCACCGUCUCCUUCCUUCGGAAUGAAGCAGCCAUAGAGCUAUGGGAAGGCAGGAGAGAAUACACUAUCGAAGGGAGAGUCUUUCGAGCCACAGAGGUGAGCAUAGCACACGACCGGUCCUUCAAGCUUCGAGCCAAGCGAGGACCUUGGGGCAAGGGAGGGAGCCUUGCCGAGCUAUCACAGCUCCUAGCUCUCGGAGGAAUGUCGACGGCCGAGAUCGCUCAGAUUUAUCGAUUUCAGCUGCUCUCGCAAUCCGAGGCUUGCAGCCGCAGAGGUACAACCGCUUGCAGGCAUGCUCGUGCAGGGUGCUGGGCAGAGAGGUCGCAAGGGGCCGAGCCCGAAGACGUAUGUCGCUGUUGGGGCAAGUACGGGAACUCUCCAGCAAAAAGAGCUGGAGUGGGUGCUCAGCUCGCCUUCGACGGCAAGUUGCGAGCAGACCUUGGCCUCGUUCAGAGAGAGCGAGGCGAUGGAGGGGGUGCAUCUCACUCUCAUCAGCGACGACGCCAAGCUCACGGGGAGACGUUUGCAGUCGAGCUCACAGCCGACACCUUCGUUCCUAGGGGAAAGAUCGCUAAGCAGAGGAGGGCACUUCGCGAGAGAGAUUUAGGGUUUAGAGGGUCUUGUUGGCAGCCUUGA